AUGGCCAUCCCACGAGUAGCCGUUGCGUUCGGCGGCUUCGGCUGCCAGCUGAUCAGCGAGGGCAUCAUCACGGCGAUGGACGUUUUCCCGCCGUACAUCUUCAACUACUUCAAGUGCACCAUCGCUGAGGCGUCCCUGUUUCACUCGGUGCUGCACGGUCUUUCGGAACUGCUGGGUGAAUUCGGUUCUUGUGUUUUACUCGUUUUACCACACGGUUCCUGCUGCUUCUGCCUGUUUGUGUUUGGCUCUCUUCUUGUUCGUCCGAAUGAACCUGAAGCACCGGUGACGAAGUCUCCGUCGCAGGAAGAGUUGGAGACGUACAGCGGCGAAGUGACGGCGAUUUCCGAAAAGGAGGUGCGAGUGACUGAGUUGCGCCCGCUGCCAUUCUUCGGCAGGUUUGUAGUUCCAAUCUUGCUGUUGAGCAGUUUCCUGUGGCACAUCGGCCAUUACACGUACGAGGUGAUGCCCUUGAGACUUGACCACGAGGGGUACAACGGUGACCAGAUAGCCCUGGUCGUUUCCUUGCAAGCUAUAUUUGUGGUGGUAGGCAGAUUUUCGGCCAGCUCGGUCACCACCAAGUUCAAAGCUGACCCCGUGUUUGCAUAUACGUUUUUCACCCUUAUUUUUGCCAUCGCUCGAAUCAUCAUUAGUUGGACUUGGGCGCUUAAGAGUUAUCUGGUAAUAAUUGCAUUCUGUGGCGUUUCGAUCGGAGUCGUUACCGCAUUGAUGCCUUGCGUGGUCCUGAAGCUCGUCGGCUUGGAACGCCUUGAUUUCAUAUUCGGGUUGGAGUUGCUGGUGAGAGGAAUCGGCGGCAUUGUCAUGCCUGUGUUUGGUGGUUGGCUAGCAGACGUUUUUGACCAGAAUUAUUUUUAUACGUUUAUGGUUGGAGGAAUUAGUCUGCUGCUCUCAGCCAUAUUGCUCAUCCCAUAUCAUUGGCCGUUGUUGCGCGCUGCCGAAAUUGAAAACACGAAAGUCGAGAAACGAUGA